AACCAACCUUGCCCAUGCCCACGAUGUCCUUCACAAUCACACCUGUUUUUCCCCUUCCUUUUUUCUUUCCUCAUCUUCCUCAGCCAAUCCCCUCUCGCCGCCUCAACCACCACCAACGCCACCUAUUUCGAUACCACGACAGCCUAUGAAAUUCUUAAUUCCUUCAACUUCCCCAUCGGUCUCCUCCCAAAAGGUGUAAAAAGUUUUGAUUUGGACCAAAGCACUGGCCGAUUCCACGCCUAUUUGGGCGCGACCUGUAGUUUCUCUCUCAAAGGUUCUUAUCAACUCAGAUAUAAAUCCACGAUCAGCGGCUACAUAUCAAAUAAUAGACUCACUUGCUUGUCUGGCAUAAGCGUCAAAGUGUUAUUUCUGUGGCUUAAUAUUGUGGAGGUUGUUCGGAAUGGAGAUAAUAUUGAGUUCUCUGUUGGGAUUGCUUCGGCUUCAUUCCCGAUUGAUAACUUCUAUGAGAGUCCACAGUGUGGUUGUGGAUUGGAUUGCUUGAAUGGGCAAGUAGACAAGCUUAGAACGAGAUCUUUUGUUUCUUCCAUCUAGUGGAUUUAAUAUCUUCUACAAUUUGAAUGAUGGUCGAAUUCAUUCCGGGUGCCUGAUUGUUGUAGGAUUGUGCGGUCAUUCAUUGAGGACUCAGUGAGUUUCAUGUCGCAUGGUGGGCAGCUGGAUUUCUAUGAUGUUGUUAAAAAGUAUUUGGAUAGGCUUCUGGCUGAAGUUUUGGAUGA